UGGCAUGCGCGGGGCGAGAGGUGGGACGGGAGGGACGUUAUCCAUCCCUCGCCAUUUUCCGUCAAGCUCAACUCAAUCAAGUUAGCUUCUGUCAGUCGCUGUGUUUGUGUAUAGUGUUGUGAAAAAUUAUCUGUGUCGAUGAAUAUCAAUGGGAAAUCGUGCUGAUUACGACUCCAAACGAUGGGUCGAUUAUUAUGUUUGUGGCUUUAAUGCAUCUUUCGAUCAGUGAUAAUGGCCAAGUGAUUGGUAAAGUGGAGUGUUUUGUGUCGUAUGCUGGGCUCUCACGGGUACUGUGAGAUCCUUCCUCUGGAUAAAUCGUCCCCAAGACGACGUCAGAACACAGAACAGAAAGGUGACACACCAUGUCGUCGAAAAACAUACCAGGAGAUAAGAUAAAUCUUCGGUUAAUCCUGGUGUCGGGCAAGACGAAGGAGUUCGUGUUCAGUCCAGUAGACUCAGCAGGCGACAUCGCGAUACAUGUCUACGACAACUGGCCUGAAGCGGACUGGGCGACAGAAUGUGUGUCGCGCGCAGAGAUCCUGCGGCUGAUCUACCAGGGCCGGUUCCUGCACAGCUCGGUGACGCUGGGCGCGCUCGGCCUGCCGCUCGGCCGCACCACCGUCAUGCACCUAGUGCCGCGCGAGCACUUGCCCGAGCCUAACUCACAUGAUCAACGGCAAAAAAGUAAAGGUGGUUCUAGCAGUUGUUGUUCAGCGUCCUGCUGCAUAUUGUAAUAGCUUCCUGCGUGAGGGAGACGCACUUACACGAGCGGCAGUGGGCGUGAGUGAGACAGCCGACAGCGUUGCCGGGACGGACUCCAAUGUGUUCAGUGUAGAAGCCAGGAUACCAUGUCGCCCAGAACAAUACUUGACACGUUUCUGAACGAAGUUACAUCACAUUGAGACGCAUGCGUAGCUCACUGAUAUCUUUUAUUGUCAAUUGUCGUAGUUGUAAUGUUAUAAACAAUCGCGCACGAGUUGUGCGAGACGAGACCAUAAAGGAUCAAAGCGCACAUCAAUCGAGACUUCGUUGGGAAACGUCGCAAGUACCACUACCGUACGUUUCGACAGGUCGACCACGGUCAGCAUAUAGAACGAUACUGUAAUACUGUAUAUCUCACCGCGUAACUUAUAGCUCGUUUUAUAGAUAUCAUGCUGCCCAAAUACGUUAACGUUAGUAGAUAUAUGGGAUAAGGUUCGUCGGUAUAAGUAAGCCUAUGAUUUUAAUAGUUCCUGGACGUAAUAGGUAUUUGGCUUCCCGUCAAUAUUACUUUAUCCCGGCUAGCAACAUUAAUUUACAAAUGUUAGUAUUAUUAUUUAGGCCAUCAUAUAUAUAAAUUUAUAUUACAUUAUGGAGAUAUUUAUCUAAAAUGACAAAUUAUUUAGUAAAACAAACGAAGUGUAAAUUACCCUGUUUUGCAUUGUAAAUAGUAUAAUUGAAUUAGGAGACUUUGAAUAAUUUUGUGAUAAGUUCUUGCAAUAUUUGAAUUUUUAAUCUGUUUUGUUCUAAAUUAUGCUAUUUACUGCGCUAGCUGUAGCUUGGGAGUGGGAGUAGUGCGGCCGAGGGGGCGCCACUCUCGCGCCAUGCAUAUGUUUACUCGGAGAAACAAUAUGUAUGUAUAGGACACGACACGGCGACUGGUUCAACAGUGGUAAAUUUUAGUAAUAAAGCACUAGACUAUAUUCGGGAUUCGAUGAAUACGUCUCGCUUACAGUUUGUACAUGCUGCCUGCUUCGCGGUAUAGUCGCACCUAGUGUCGCGGCGCGUACGUUUCGUUAUCGUCUACUUGUAGUAUACAGGUCCUCAUGUCUUGGCGUUACCACAGUCUGAUUACUUUUGUAAAUAUCAAUUAGAGCUUUUUUAUUAUUUUUAUUUACAUCACAGAUCUAUUCCUUUAUUAUUCUUUAUUUGGCUUCUUACACUAUAGUUAUAAAACCGUCGUAUAUUAAAUUGUCUUAGGAUUGAGUUGUCCUUAUAUUGUUCGGCCUAGCCCUAAUUUUUGUUAUAAGCUUAAAAUAACGAAUUAUUUAAAAGUUAUGUUCAUUCGACUCAGCCGGUUAAAUGCGAAGUGUUUUGUGAUAGUACAAAUAAAAUUAUUUACACGUUCAGACAUACAUUUGAAGGAAAUUAUGAACUCAGUGAUAGCAUAACGUUGAACAGUAUUAGAGGAAGUAGAACACAGGCAACAUGAUGUCGGUGUGGUCCCGUGGUACGCAUGUUGCUACAUUGAUUCCGACGUUACCUACAUAAGUAGCUGUAAGUGGGUGUAAGUGGCUAUAAGUGGCUGAGCGACACGACUGCCGACUGACUGACACGGUUCUUGCCAAUCGUAACGUGUCCCUCUCUCGGGAAUGAAUGCAGCAAUAUGAGUUGUUAUGAUCCAAUGCCAGUAUGAAUGAAUUAUAUUUUGGUUGCUCUGUUUAGUUACUGUAUGUAUGUAUUUUGUUAAGUUGUAUAAAAUACCUAGUUUAUAAAUAAAAUAAAUACAAUUUUAAUUUG